AUUAAACGUGUUUUUGCAUGUAUAAUUCUUGAAAUUUAUGCUGGUUUGAUUUUGUAACUUCUAAAUAUUCGUACUCAAAUCUUAGUAUGUAGGUGCGUUUGUAAAGACCCAGAAACAGAAAAGCAAGAAGUUAAAUUAAGAAGAAGUGGACUAGUUCGUUGCUUUUUUCUGUAUGUGCUUAAUUAUUCUAUCGUUUGUUUCCCUUAAUCAUGAGAGGUUACAAAAAUUGAAAGGACUGUUCCUUAACUUACAAAAUCAUACCAAGUCAGUUGUGACGUUAAGGCCGGGCUCGGAUUCGAAGAACUACAAUUAAAAUAAGAACCUUUCAAUAGCUAGGAAGCACAGAAAUAGGUAUGUAUUGCCUUGAUAUGCGUGUUACCAUGUCUUAUCAAAGAAAAAACUUCCCCUUUGUAUAGUAGAAGAGUUUCAUUCCUAGUACAAUUCUAAAAAAGGUAAAAAUCCUCCUUUCUCGUCAAUUUCUGAUCCGCUGCCGACGUUGGGCGAGAUCUGCGCCUUGAUAUCCGGUGGGGUGCGGAUAUCACGGCCCUUUGUUAGUCGCGUGCAACCGUUGCCAUGCUUUCUGAGGUCUCGGAUCUCGUUCCGGGUUCGGGGAAGUGUUGUCUUAUCAGGCCCGGUGGCGAGCACUCCGUUCGGGCCUUAGUACGAGAAGUUCCCAGCUUCGAUUCCGAUCCCAUGUAGUCACGUCCUUGCUUCGUUUGACCCACCGGGAAAUUGGGGUGCCCCGGUUUUUCCCCGUAUACACAGUGUUCAUUGGGUUCUUCUCUUUUUCUAUUGAUUUUUCAUUCAUUAUCCUGAAAAGUUAAGUCGGAAAUUCGCUUGUAAAGUCUAUCCUCCAAUUUCUUUUCUUUCAUUGUAUUGUUCAAUGAUUGAAUUGUCUCCAAUAUACAGUUCAAGCUUCCAAUAAUUCUGUCUCCAGCUCCUGCUGGCAUGACUUAUAUUGAACUAGUAAUAUUUUUGUUGUAAUUGCUUACAAAGCUAAUGCAAUAGCUUAAACUCUGAUACCAUGAUAUUGAGCAUUUAUCUCAUUGUUUAGUUUCAGAAUUAAGUAACCUAUGAAACCAUAAAGUUCGUCCAGUUUUCCUCUUCUGUAUCAUUUUAACUUUAGUUGAUCCUUGUUUCUCCUAAAAUUGAUCUGUGAGAUCACACUCAUUGGUGGAAUAAAUCUUUGUUGCUGGUUUCUCGUUAGACAUGUUUUUCUCUCUAUCUGAAACUUCUCUUGCAACUGAGUGAGACAACCACUUUGACUAGCUUGGACUUGAAGGAAAGAAUGUUCUGCUAAUAUGUUUUUUACUUCAUGGUAAACGACUGAGCGAUAUUUCAUGUUCUAUUAACAUUCUUUCCUAUAGCCAGAAGAUACAUUUCUUCUACUGGAGAUAUCUCAAACACUGCUAGUGAAUCGUAUAGCCGUGCUGAGAGGAUAAACUGUCGUAGUAACAUACACAUGCCACAAAAGAGUGAUAAGUCCUCCGGGAAAGUGCCAAAUAAUUCAAAUGUCUAUGCAGCUAACAGUGCUGGAAACCUGAAUAGUUACUCUGGGAAGGAAAACUAUCAGCAUAUAUGGCAAAGAAUUCAGAAAAAGGACGCUAAUGUAAGCAACUGUGACUUGAAAAACUCAGACUUCUCGCAGGUUCAUGAUGGGUUAAAUGAUGAUACCUUGAAAACAAGUGCUCCUAUUUUUGUUAAUGUUAUUUUAUCAUCGAAAUCAGCAUUUACAGAUCAGGAAAAAAUCAAAUUUCUGACGGACCUGAGUAGAAAUAAGAGUCCAGGUUCCCUAAAGGAACACGAAAGUAAGUAUGGGAAAGGAUCUCCUGUCAAUGGAGCUUGUUGAAUUGUACCAUGCAGUCAAAUGGUGCAACUGGCCGAAUAGCUGGGGCAAAAAGCUUGGGAAGUGCUGCAGAUUCUCGUACUGAGACUAGUAAUCUUAAGAUUAGAUAUCAGAAAAAGAAUGUUCAAUAUGUUUCUUCCCAACCAUAUUCAAAUCCAUGUUCCUGUAACAUGGAGGCAAGGGGAGAUGUCCCAGUCCCAAUUUCUGUUUCCAGUGUAGAUAAUAAAAUGGUGGAGGAUGGUUUGAACUUGUUAUGUAGAUCAGCGAACUUCCACAACCCAACAGAGCAUCUAGCUUCUAAAUGUCAACCUCCUAGUUCGUCUUCUCUGAACGUGGUAAUAAAUGCAGGUCAAAGUUUAGAAAAUAUAAAAGUUUUACCAGGUGUUACUCAGUUUAAGAAGUUGAGAAAUUGUAACACGUGUACUACUACAGAGGAGCACUACAAGAAUGCUGUUUCUUCAAAGUUGUUGAUUCCUGGAGAUAAAGCCCGUAUAUUUUCUAGUCUUCAAAAUGAUUUCAAAAGCAUUUGUUGGGCAGUGACUGAGGCCCAUAGGGCACAACUAGCCUCUGAAGCCAUUGAGUGGGGUAAGGGCUAUCCUGUUGCUGAGUUUGAGAAACUUAUUUAUUUUGCCUCUCCAGUUAUAUGUCCACAUAUCCGGACUUGUCAGGCUUGUGUCCGUGGUCAAGGUGCACCUCUAUGCAGGCAUGAGAUACCAAAUGUCUCUUUGGGGAACUUGUGGCAGUGGUACGAGAAACAUGGGAGCUAUGGUUUAGAAGUAAAAGCGGAGGAUCAUAGAAGUUGUAGACAAUGUGGGAUUGAUCGUCUUAAGUUCAGUGCAUAUUUUGUUCCACUUUUGUCAGCCGUUCAGCUCUUCAAGUGCCAUAGGACUCAUGCAAGCUAUAAAGAUAAUGGAACUCCGGGGUCGUUAGAUGUGGUGGACUCUCGGAUAAAUAAAAUAUCUGAGGGUUCACCUAUGAUAGACCUUCGCACAAUAUUUUCUGUACUUGUACCUCAACCUCGUGUUGAGGACUCAAGCCCUUUGCAAAAAAGGAAUGUUGUCUCUGACUUCAGUUCAUCUCCAGAGUGCAGCAAUACAGAUUUGCAUCACCCACCAGUUGAAUUUAAGUUGUCUGAUGAUAAUGUGGAGCUUCUGUUUGAAUAUUUCGAACGUGAACAGCCUCAAAAUCGUAAACCUUUAUUUGAAAAGAUUCAGGAACUUGUUGCUGGUAAUUUGCCUUCAAGUUCUGGAGUUUAUGGAGAUCCAUCCGUCCUACAGUCCACUCGCUUACCUGACCUGCACCCUUAUUCGUGGUUUUCUGUUGCAUGGUACCCCAUUUACAAGAUACCAAACGGUAACUUGCGUGCUGCUUUCUUGACUUAUCAUUCGCUUGGCCAUUAUGUUGGCAGAGGCCAUUUGGAUGCCUGCAUAGUUUCUCCAGUUGUGGGCCUCCAGAGCUACAAUGCUCAGCCAAGGCACUCUGCGGACCACCUGAAAGAAGUGACCUUGGAUUCAGAUCCUUGUUCAGUUGUACGAGAUCGACUGAAAACAUUAGAGCAGACUGCAUCUCUUAUGUCGCGAGCUCUGAGAACGAGAGGUACAGAAACACUUGUAAACAGGCACCCCGAUUAUGAGUUUUUCCUGUCCAGGCGACGUGAAUUGCCUUGAUCUAUCAUAUUGCUCAACCAUAUAUAUAUAUAUAUAUAUAUAUAUAAUUCUCAUCAAAGGUUUUCCGGGUGUUCCCAGCUUCCACCAUAAUCUGAGUCCAACUAUGAGAGGCUUACGUCCAUUUCAAUAUUCUUAAAUUUCUGGUUUGGAGAUUCUUGUUUUGCAUUGAAGUUAGGCACUCUCUUUACACAGUGUAGUAGCAUGUUGUUAUAAGGAUUCCUUUUCUGGAUAAAAAUAGUGUUGGCUGGUUUUGGCUUUGGUGCUAGUUAAUUCUGAGAUAGCUGAUAAUUUUAGAUUGAA